AUGCUAUCGCGAGAAGCAGCCAGGGAGAGGCUCACGCUGAUGUUCUGGCGGCCCAAAGGUCAUGUCGAUAUCAAAGACGGGACCCCUGAAAGUUUGUCUGCAUUUCCUGAAAAGGCAGUAGAACAGCAAGCUAAUGCUGAUGCGAUGGACACCUCGCCAGAUGAGCAGUCCGAGGGCCAACAGCAUUUCAGGCCUAGCUUCCGCUUUGCAUGUGUGAUGCUUGUGCUUUGGUUAUUAACGCUUCUGGUUGCGAUUGACUCCACAGCAAUUAGUACUGCUCUCUUAUCCAUCGCUAGCCAUCUCGAUGCUACGACCGUUCAAACUGAAUGGAUUGCAAAUGCUUAUAUGGUGACAGCAGGCGCUUUCCAGUUUCUGUUUUCAUCUUUAUCUGAUAUAUACGGCCGCAAGCCGCUUAUUAUAGCUGCCUUUAUGUUCCUUCUUGUGGGGACUAUCAUGUGUGGCGUUUCUCAGAACAUUGAAACCCUCUUAGCUGGCCGAACUAUUCAAGGAAUCGGUGCUGCCGGAACUCUUGUUAUUCCAGAGGUUCUUGUUGCCGACUUGAUUCCGCUUCGGUUGCGUGGAGUUUAUUACGCCAUUCUCGCCGGCUCUUGGGCGGUAGGUGGAGGUGUUGGACCAAUUAUUGGUGGUGCAUUCGCCGAAACAGUAACCUGGCGUUGGAUUUUCUACUUGAAUCUUCCCAUUUGUGGAGUAAGUUUGGCUAUUACCCCGUUCGCGUUGAAGCUAAAGAAGGUUCAUGCGGAUCGAAGCUUUAUGGAAAAGUUCAAGAUGAUUGACAUUGGCGGGAAUAUUCUGUUUUUGGGCUCUAGUACUUCCUUGAUGCUUGGGUUGUCACUAGGUGGUAUCUCGUAUCCUUGGGGUGAUGCCCGCAGUAUUGUUCCAAUCGUUGUUGGUGGUGCGGGGCUGGUUUCCACAGUGCUAUACGAAAUUCACGUCGCAUCUCAACCAAUGAUCAAUAUGAAGGUUUUCUCUACUUGGGGAGCUAUUGCUGCACAGGUUCAGAAUGUGCUGCAAGGAAUCGUUGUCAUGGCUUGGCUUUAUUUCUUGCCCAUGUACUUUCAGGGCAUCAAGCUAUAUAACCCUCUCAUCACAGGUUUGGCGCAGAUCCCUGUAGCUGUCGUGUUGAGUAUUGCGGCAUUGCUGGCUGGUGUCGUGAUUCGUUGGUCAGGCCAUUAUUUAUUUGUUCAAUGGAUCUCAUUGGUGUUGGCCUCGGUUGGUAUGGGCCUCUACAUUUUGCUAAAUCUUGAUACAACAGUUGCCGAGUGGAUUUUUUUGGCCGUUGCGCCUGGUAUUGGAUUAGGAAUGCUAUACUCGUCGUCUGCACAGUCUGCUAUGGCUCCCAUUAACCCCUCACUCUGGACGGAUGCCGCGGCUGUGAUGUCGUUUGCGAGAAGUUUGGGUGAAGCUUUCGGUGUGGCAGUGGGGGGUGCUAUCUUUGCCAGUCAAAUGAAACAUCACCUGUCAAAAAUUGACAAUGUUCAGGUCGAUCCAACCAAAGUCAUUCAAGUGGUCGAAUACAUUCAACAGCUCCCUGAGGGAGACAUCCGGCACCAGCUUCAAAAUGCACUGCUGAAGACUAUUCGUACGUUGAUGCUGGUAAUGAUGAUUUUCUGUAUCGUUGGCCUGUCACUUUGUGUGUUUAUGAAAGAGUAUUCCAUCGAUAUUGCCCACGAAGUCCAACAAGGUAUCGAUGAAGACAGAACCGAUGAAUCGGAAGACUAA